UUUUGCUGUAUCUAUUCUUUGCAUGCGUUACUGUAAAUGGAGAAAACUCAAGUCAUUGUUAGCGAGAGCGAUCCGUAUAGUUGGGUGCAUGAAAAUGUUAGGUGUCACUCUUCUUACUUUAAUGAUGUGGAGUCAGUAGGGGUUCUUGGUUCUAACGUAUGGGUUCGGGAAGGGAGUGAAGUUAAAAUUGAGGUGCUUCCGUGUGGGGUUGAUGAUCGUGUUUGUGAAAAAAUUUGUGACUGGUCCUAUUUCUAUGUUUAUAGUUGUGUUCUUACAGAGCUUGGAGUUAGGUUUCCUUUUACCGAUUUUCAAUGUGGUGUAUUGCGUUGGUUGAACUGUGCUCCAUCACAGUUACACCCUAAUUCCUGGGGUUUUGUUAGAGCGUUCGAGGUGUUAAUGGAUUUUCUGGGGCAAGCUCCUUCUCUGAGGGUGUUUUUUUCUCUAUUUCAAGCUAAGGGUGUUCGUAGGGGUUUGUGGGUUAACCUAAGUAGCCAUCCUGGUAGGUCCCUUUUCGCGUUGUACAAAUCUUCUUUCAAAGAUUUUAAGAAAAUGUUCGUGAAGGUUAGGAGUAUUCCUGAACAAUUUCCCUUUUUUAUUAAUGAGACAUUGGAAGAGAGGUUUCCUAUUUCGUGGUGUUCGGAAACGGUACAGGUUUUAGAUGUGGAAGAUCGGUGUCCUAGUGAUAAUGACAUUUUGGAGUUUUUAGUUAGUGAAAUGGAUUCUAAAGAAUUGUUAUCUGUUGCUGAACUUCUAAAAUGGGAUUCUGAUGAGCAAUCAGUAUUGGAUUACCUAGGUAAAGCUUUUUCAAAAAAAUGGAAAAUGGCUUCUUGUUCUAUUAUGUUUUUAAUAGCAUGUUCUGUUUUUUUUUUGUUUUGUUAGGUGAGAAGGUUCCUACUAUUACUUCGGCUGGUUUGAAAACAUUUUUUAAUCAAAGAAAAAAGGCUGAAAAAGAAAGUUCGACUACUAAUGUUGAUAAAGAGGUCGGAGGUGGAGUUAUUCAAUCAGAACUUCAACCUAGAGUGAAAAGGAAAAGAGUAGGGCCAACGAAAGGGACUAACCUGGGUACCUUAAAGAGUGAUGACAGGGUAAAAUUUGAGUUGAUAGAAUCUUCAUAUAAGUCUCAAGAAGAGCUUCAUGGGUACUGUGUUGAUGAUCACGCCAAGUCUUUGUGGAGCAAACUGUUUCCGUUUGUCACUCUCUCUGAACAGUUUGGUCAAUUUCCUGUUGAUGUUGAGAUGAUCAACAGGAUUGGUUCGGUUGGUGUUAGUCGCUUUUUACAGGUAAUCGGGGCUCGGCUUGUGUCUAUUGGGCGGACACAGGAGGUUGCUUUAGAAACAGAAAAGAAGAAUGUUGUCGUUGUUAAUGAACUAACAAGAACUAUAGAGGAAAAGGAAAAGUUGGUGGAGGAACUUUCCUCUUCUUUGAGAUUAAAAGGGUCUGAGGUUGAGAAUCUUCAAAGCCGGCAAGAAUCCCUUGAAGAGGAAAUAAAGGAUCUGAAGACUCGUAAUGACCAGUUGGCUGCUCGUGUUGGAGAAUUGGAGAUGGAGGUGUAUGAGUCGUUUGCUCAAGGUUUUGAAAGAUCGGUGGCCCAGGUUAAAGUAUUGUUUCCUGAAGUUGAUGUAGAGAAACUGGAUGCUACCAAGAUUGUUGUUGGAGGAAAGUUAGUUGAUGAUGAGACUCCAGCUGAAGAGUUAAUAGAGGAUUCCAGUAUCGGAGAAAAAGAUGAUUGAAUAUGUUAUUUUUUUGUUUUGU